AAAUGGCGGCGGCGUGCAGGGAGGAGUCAGUGACAAACAAGAGGGUUCUAAGAAGUUUCACUACUGUAUGUCGUCUGAGAAGCGAGCCAGGAGGACAGACUUUAGUCUGAAGGCCUUGGGAGGAUCUAGUGUUCAUUUUCCUCUAUUUAAUUGUCUGUUCUCAUGAGUUGAGCUAAAGUAGUCACACGAUAAACACGUCUUCAAAAGUCGAGGGCCACUUUUCUUUCUUUUCGUUGGGUGGUGAGUUUUCACACUUUAGCAAAAGCACCGAGAAAAGGCUUCCUGCUCUUGGUGGCGUAGCUAAACUCGAACUUCCUGUCAUCAAGCUAAAGGUAGAGGCAGUCUCUUUUGGUAUGUGUCAUCACUCAUGCUUGCUUGACUUGAAACCACAGUCAAGGUUCAGGGUUUGGGGAACAAGUCCAGGAAGCUGCGGCAGCAGAUAAGGCAGACAAACGUAUGUAGCUUGAAAUAAGGACUGUCCUCCGGAGGUGGCUGCACCCACCCUAGCUCCUGACCAUGGCAGGUGUCCUUGGUUUGAAGAUUGUGCUCCUCUUGGGCGGGAUCAUCGCUUUGGUCAGCUGUCAAGAUACUGCAUCUGAAUCAGUGUCCACCUCACCUCCACUCACUGGGGCAGCAGCUACUGCCACACCCUCAGACUCCUCCCCCUCUCUCGCGACUCUGCAAGGGAACUCUUCAAAGUCCUCUUUUCCAACAACUAAUCCAACCACCACCAUUGUCUCCACUCCUCCACGCACUGAGGCAGCAGCUACUGCCAAAACUAACACUACGACUGUCCUCACUCGUUCUUCCACCCCGCCAAGCCCCUCCUCAAACUCCUCAAUUCAGGGAACAAUUUCACCCAACAUCUCCGUCACCUCUCCUUCAGGCAUCUCAAACACAACCCGACCCACACUCAGCCCAUCCUCUCAGUCUGACAGCUCUCAGAACCUGACCUCACCUGCAGUCACCCAGAACACCACCAUCACGACAUCCCCAGCACCCCCUCAGUGUUCUUACAAUGUCAAAAAGAUCAAGUUUGGCCUCCAGUUUCAGAUGAAUUACACGAUUUUCAAGGAAUACCACAUUUCUGUAAAUGAUGGAAACAAUUUAAAAAAUCGGUCCUGCAAUGAAAACACAACCUGUAGCAUCACAGGUCUGAAGCCCUGUACUGAUUAUACAGUCAUUGUCAACGCUCAAUGGAAUGAUACAGAAAUAUUCUGUCCGAGUUCUGAAAAUAAAGUGACCACAGAAUCUGCAGCUCCUGAUGACAUUAAAGUCAGCAAACACCGCCCUGGACAUGUUUGUUACCAAAGUGAUUGGGACAUCAGCAAUUCUCUGUCAACACCAGACAGAAAUAAGACUGAGAAGUCUAAUGGAUCUGUCUGUUUUAAACUGAAGAAGGACGACUUUUGCUCAAGUUUCACUGUGGAUAUCAAGUCAGAAAGCUGUGAAACAAUUAACAUCACCAAAGACAUCACAAUCGAUUUCAUAGAUCCAGCUGAGAUAGAUGAGCCCAAACCCACAAAACUUCCUGUAAGGUUUGAGCCAAAGUUACCUCCAAACUGUAAAAAUCUGACGGUUGAGUACACCUGUUUAGAAACAAGACUUCCUGGAAAUCGAAUGAAUCUGUCUGUUCUGGAGCCCUACACUGACUACAACUGCACUGGAGAGAUCAAGAAUGAAACCUUUGUUUUUAUCAGAACUCCACCUGUCAUCUUUAACAUUGACUGUGGUUUUAAUAUCAAAGUAACAUCCACAUCAGACAACACUUCUAUUCAACUGGACUGGACAUCAACUAAUAGCAGCUGUGGUGUUGAUCUCCCAAAACUUUCUUAUAUCUGCAGCUGUGACACAAAGAACCAAAUAAAAUCAAGAGUUGAAUCAUGUGUGUUUACUGGACUGGAACCGUACACUGAUUAUACUUGUGAAGUUCAUCCCAAAUACAACGAUAAGAAAGUUAAUCAAGGAUGGAGAGAAGAAGUGCAAACUGAUGCUGGAGUCCCAACAACAGUUGAGAAAUUGAGACUGACGGUUCCAGAAAAUAACGUCAUUGAUGUAGAGUGUGAUGAGCCAAAAAAGUUGUAUGGACCAAAGAGGGAGUACAAAGCACGUCUCCAUGAUUCUAAUGGUUUUGUAAAGGAGGAAAAGAGCUUAAGAUGUUACUUCCCAUUCAAAGAUUUGAGUUACUCCACAACCUACAGAGUAGAGGUGACUGUCUACAAUGGAGCCCAUGAGAGCCCCGCUGCGAUCGAAAGCGUUAACACUUCCUAUAAUGACAAAGCUGUUAUUGGAUUUCUGGUCUUCCUCAUCAUCAUCACCUCUGUGGCUCUUCUUCUGGUCGUCUACAAAAUUUAUGUUUUGAAGCGCAAAAAUUCACAUGACAUGGGUGAGAGCAUGAACCUCAUUGAAAAAGGAAGUGAUGAAGAAAACUUGAUGACAGUGGAUCCGAUUGCCGCAGAGGUUCUGCUGGAAACUUACAAGAGGAAGCUUGCUGACGAGGGACGACUUUUCCUGGCUGAGUUUCAGAGCAUUCCAAGGAUUUUCUCAAGAUACUCGGUGAAAGAAGCCAAAAAGCAUUUCAAUGGCCCCAAGAAUCGCUACGUGGACAUCCUUCCAUACGAUCACAACCGUGUUCAGCUGAGCACAGGAAACGGAGAACCAGGAUGUGACUACAUCAACGCCAGCUUCAUUGAUGGGUACAAGGAACCCAAAAAGUACAUUGCAGCUCAAGGACCAAAGGAUGAGACUGUGUCGGACUUUUGGAGGAUGGUCUGGGAGCAGCAGUCCUCUAUCAUCGUCAUGGUGACGCGCUGUGAGGAGGGAAACCGGGUCAAAUGUGCUCAGUACUGGCCCUCUCAAGACCGAGAGACUGAGAUCUACGAGGAGUUUAUUGUGAAACUCACCUCAGAAAAAGAAUUUCCAGAUUACACCAUCCGCCAUCUUCGCCUGACUAACAAAAGGGAGAAGAACUCAGAGAGGGAAGUGACUCACAUUCAGUUCAUCAGCUGGCCAGAUCAUGGCGUCCCAGGAGAGCCGCAGCUCCUCCUGAAGCUGAGGCGGCGCGUCAAUGCCUUCAAGAAUUUCUUCAGUGGUCCCAUUGUUGUUCACUGCAGUGCUGGAGUCGGCAGGACAGGUACCUACAUCGGCAUCGACGCCAUGAUGGAGGGUCUGGAGGCGGAGGGCAGAGUGGACAUCUACGGUUAUGUUGUCAGACUGCGCAGGCAGAGAUGCCUCAUGGUUCAAGUUGAGGCCCAGUACAUCCUGAUUCACCAGGCCCUGCUGGAGCACAACCAGUUUGGAGAAACAGAGAUCAGUCUGUCAGAGCUGCACAGCACAGUGAGCACGCUCAAACAAGGCCCCCCAGAGUCUGAAUCCACCCUAAUGGAAGAGGAGUUUGAGAGACUCCCCUCCUUUAAAACCUGGAGGACAUGCAACACAGGGGUCACAGAGGAAAACAAAGCAAAGAACCGCUGUGAAUCCGUGAUUCCAUACGACUACAACCGAGUGCUGCUGAGGUUAGAUGAGGGGCGGAGCCAUGACAGUGACCCUGAUGAAGAUGAAGAGGAAGAGUCAUCAGACGAAGAGGAAGAAGAGUCUGCAAAAUACAUCAAUGCCUCCUACAUUGACGGGUACUGGGACCAGCAUGCCUUCAUCACAACGCAGACCCCCCUCCCAGACACUGUGAAUGACUUCUGGCAGAUGAUUUACCAGAAGAGAGUCCCAAACGUUGUAAUGCUCUCAGAGUGUGAGAAGGAUGAUAAGGAUUGUGAGUCUGUGUACUGGGAUAAAGAGAAAAAGACUUUUGGAUACAUUGAGGUGGAAGUUACAAACACCGAAACCUUUCCAGCCUUCGUCUACCGCACCAUGAAGAUUCGCCACAUCAAGAGGUCGGAGGUUCGGGAGGUGAAUCAUGUCCAGUUCCUGAAGUGGGACAAAGAGCUUCCAGAGAAACCGCAGGACCUCAUAGACAUGAUCAAGCAUGUUAAGAGCAACUGUGGCAGCGGGAAAUCACAAAAGGGCAUGCCUGUUUUAGCCCACUGCAACGAUGGCUCCACCCGCUCAGGGGUUUUCUGCGCUCUGUGGAACUUGCUGGACAGUGCUGAGAAUGAGAAGCUGGUAGAUGUUUUCCAGGUGGUUAAAACUCUGCGUAAAGAGAGACAAAAAAUGAUCUCCAGCCUGGAACAGUACACGUUUCUGUAUAGUGCUUUGGAGAGUACUUAUCCAGUCCAGAACGGAGAAGCAAAGCCAGUCCAGGCCACUGGGGGCGCCAGCGUUCAGGUCAUCAAUGAAACCAAAGCGGAAGAGCAGCAGAGCGAGAAAGCUGCUGAGAGACCCGCCAGCACUACCAGCAACGACCAGCAGGCGGCAGCAGAGAGCAGCCCUGUGGAGGCUGAGGCAGCGAAGGAAGACAGCAAAGAGGAGCCCGAGAAGGAGGUUUCUAACGGCCCCACGGAGGCAGUCCCCGUGGAGGACACCAGUAACGGUCCCACUGUCACUGUGGAGGUCUAACAUGUGCAUUUAUUUUAUUUUUUACUUUUUUUUUGUUAAAAAAAAAACACACUUGCUUUAAAUUUAUGCUUUCUUAAGUUCCUCCAUGAAUGUAAAAAACAUUGUAAAGCUUUAUUAGUUGUUCAUCAUUUUAAUAGAAUGUAAGUAUGGGUUUCAUUUUAAUAGAUGUAAUCUCAUAUUUAUACCGUUUUCCAAAAACGAAAAUUUAAGCAUAUAUAAGUUAUAAAUAUUUUUAAAAAUACAAAGCUCAAAUUUUAUUUUUGUUUACCAAAUGGCUGUUGUCAAACUAGGAACCAUUGAUUUAUUUUACAGUAAAAAAAAAAAAAAAAAACUCAUAACCUAACUCUCUGAUACAGUACAUAAGUGCAUUUUGUAUCUUAAUCUUAAUUCCUGCUGGGUUUGAGUUUUCUAAUGUUUUCCGGCUUACUACUGUACACACAUGCAACAGUCUGCAUUUUUAUGUAUCAGCUACAUCAAAAUGAUUGAGUUAUGUACAACAUUCAUUAUGCUAUUCUGUCUUUUCAUUAAAAAGAAGUACAACAUA